CAAAAAUAUAAUAUAUUUAGACCCGUGAAUUGAUUCAAGUACUACUCGCACCUCUCCAUACUCUUUAAACAGUCACGUAUUAUACACACGUGUUUAAAAUCACAUCCAACGGCCCACAUUCAGGGAUCGAAAAAAGCAGAUGACACGAGCUGUUUAUUGUCCGAUAAUGAAAAAUCGGUUUUGCAAUCAAUGCUCAGCUCGCUGGAGUUCAUCACUGAGAAGGCGAUUAUCACCCAAGUCUCGCAGAAUAUGGAUUUUGGAUCAGUGAUGGAGUUUUUGGGGUGUGUGCCGUUGCUCCAGAGGCUGCCCAGCUCGUCUCUGAAGAAGAUUGCUCAAGCUGUCUCAAUCAAACGCUACGAGCAAGGAGAUUAUGUAGUUCGUGAAGGAGAAGUUGCGGAUGGGAUUUACUUCAUCUGGGAGGGCGAGGCUCAAGUCUGUGGGUCCUUUGAUGCAAAUGGUGAAAAUAGCCCUGAGUUUCUGUUAAAACCAUACGAUUAUUUUGGCCAUGUAAAGCUUAGAUUUGCUGCAGGUAUAGCAUACUCUACUCAACCGACAGAUGUGGUUGCAUUGUCUAAGCUUACUUGCUUGAUCCUUCCUAAGGAGCACGAAGAUCUUCUAAAACCCAAAUCAAUUUGGAGCGCCGAUGAGAGUCAGGAGAAACGGCCACUUGUGGAACAAAUUCUACACUUAGAUCCUGUCGAUGUUAACAUUUUUAAGGGUAUUACAUUGCCUGAAGCUCCAAAAUUUGGGAAAGUGUUUGGAGGGCAAUUUGUUGGGCAGGCACUUGCAGCAGCGUGUAAAACUGUUGACUGUCUGAAGAUUGUUCACAGUUUACAUGCAUAUUUCCUUCUUGUUGGUGAUUUUGACAUUCCAAUUAUCUAUCAAGUGCAUCGUGUUCGUGAUGGAAAAAGCUUUGCCACCCGAAGGGUAGAGGCUGUACAGAAAGGAAAUAUCGUGUUUACUUUGACGGCAUCUUUUCAAAAAGAAGAAGCGGGAUUCAUACACCAGGUGCCAACAAUGCCUUCCGUGCCUGCUCCAGAAGAGCUUUUAUCAUUGGAAGAGUUGAGAGAAAGGCGUCUUACUGAUCCUCGCCUUCCCAGGACAUAUCGAAACAAGGUUGCUAGUUCAAAAUUUGUCCCUUGGCCCAUAGAGAUCAGGUUCUGUGCACCUAAUACAUCCACCAACCGGACAAAGUCUCCUCCAAGUUUAAGAUACUGGUUUAGAGCGAAGGGAACUCUUUCAGAUGAUCAGGCUUUGCAUAGAUGCGUUGUGGCAUAUGCUUCUGAUCUAAUGUUUCUCCAAAUCAGUCUGAAUCCUCACCGUGAAAGGGGUUUGAAGUCGUCUUCUGUCAGCCUAGAUCACUCGAUGUGGUUUCACAGGCCGUUUAGGGCUGACGAGUGGCUUCUAUUUGUGAUUGAUAGUCCAAAUGCUCAUAGCGCGCGAGGUUUUGUUUGUGGACAAAUGUUUACUGUGAAAGGAGAGCUUGUUGUUUCAUUGACUCAAGAGGGCUUAUUGAGGAGAGCCAGAGAACCGGCUUUGGGCGGCCAGUCGAAAUUGUAAACGUUCGUGUGCAGCCAGGAGAAACGUCGCCAUUUUAGUAUAGGAGUGUGAUUGGAAUUUAGUAUGGUUAGUUGUUAUAAUCAUUAAACCCAAACAAAUAAAUUGUGGCUGGGAUAUAUAGAAAUCAUAUUAAGUCCCAAUGUAAUGUUCACAUCAAACUUUGUGGUUGCUGUUGAUAUUAAGCUUCUAUACAGAAGAUUAAGUUGGUUGCCUAUGUUGCUCUUGUA